GUGAGAGUGUCACGGUGAUGGUCCCCGCUCUUGUGGAAGGAAGAGGGAAACCGGGAAGGAAGGAGGGAAAAAAGGGGAUGAUGCUGGUUUCGGGAAGAACGAAGGGACCUUCUUAGCCCUGACUGAACCACGGAGCUCACCCUGGACAAUGUCACUUGGGAGAGGAGAAGGAGGGCUGUGAAACCGUGAUUGAGAACCAGGUUGUAGCCACUUGCUCACCACUUCUCAGCUGAGUGGCAGUCCAGAGCCCAGGAGCAGCAAGUGGCUGCGGAUUGCAGACACAGUGAGGAUGAGUGUAGGGGUAAGCACGUCAGCACCCCUGCCCCCAACCUCAGACACAAAUGUGGUCACAUCCACCUUCUCCCUUGUGGACUAUGUGGUGUUCAUCCUGCUACUAGUUCUUUCCCUUGCCAUUGGGCUCUACCAUGCUUGUCGUGGCUGGGGCAAGCAUACUGUUGGCCAGCUGCUGAUGGCAGACCGCAAAAUGGGCUGCCUUCCUGUGGCGCUGUCCCUGCUGGCCACCUUCCAGUCAGCCGUGGCCAUCUUGGGUGUGCCAUCUGAGAUCUACCGAUUUGGGACCCAGUACUGGUUCCUGGGCUGCUCCUAUUUCCUGGGACUGCUGAUUCCUGCACACAUCUUCAUCCCUGUCUUCUACCGCCUGCAUCUCACCAGCGCUUAUGAGUACCUGGAGCUCCGAUUCAGUAAAACCGUGCGGGUUUGUGGAACUAUGACCUUCAUCUUUCAGAUGGUGAUCUACAUGGGGGUUGUGCUUUAUGCACCAUCAUUGGCUCUCAAUGCAGUGACUGGCUUUGAUCUGUGGCUGUCAGUGCUGACCCUGGGCAUUGUCUGUACUGUCUAUACUGCUCUGGGUGGGUUGAAGGCCGUCAUCUGGACAGAUGUCUUCCAGACACUAAUCAUGUUCCUAGGGCAGUUAACAGUUAUCAUCGUGGGGUCAGCCAAGGUGGGCGGCUUGGGGCGUGUGUGGGCCGUAGCAUCCCAACAUGGCCGCAUCUCUGGGAUCGAGCUGGAUCCGGAUCCCUUUGUGCGGCAUACCUUCUGGACCUUGGCCUUUGGGGGUGUCUUCAUGAUGCUGUCCUUGUAUGGGGUGAACCAGGCCCAGGUGCAGCGCUAUCUCAGUUCCCGCACGGAGAAGGCUGCUGUGCUGUCCUGUUAUGCGGUAUUCCCCUGCCAGCAGGUGGUCCUCUGCAUGGGCUGCCUCAUUGGCCUGGUCAUGUUUGCCUAUUACCAGGAGUAUCCCAUGAGUACCCAGCAGUCUCAUGCAGCCCCCGACCAGUUCGUCCUGUAUUUCGUGAUGGAUCUCCUGAAAGGCAUGCCUGGCCUGCCCGGGCUCUUUGUUGCCUGCCUCUUCAGUGGCUCCCUCAGCACCAUAUCCUCUGCUUUUAAUUCAUUGGCAACUGUAACAAUGGAAGACCUGAUUCGGCCCUGGUUCCCUGAGUUCUCUGAAGCCCGGGCCAUCAUGCUGUCCAGAAGCCUCGCAUUUGGCUACGGGCUGCUUUGUCUGGGAAUGGCCUAUAUUUCUUCCCAGAUGGGACCUGUGCUGCAGGCAGCAAUUAGCAUCUUCGGCAUGGUUGGGGGGCCACUGCUUGGACUCUUCUGUCUUGGGAUUUUCUUUCCCAGUGCCAACCCUCCUGGUGCCAUCGUGGGGCUGUUGGCUGGACUCAUCAUGGCCUUCUGGAUUGGCAUCGGGAGCAUAGUGAACAGCAUGGGCUCCGUUGUGGCUCCCUCUCCCCCUAAUGGAUCCAGUUUCUCCCUGCCCAGCAAUCUGACUGCUGCCACAGUGACCACACUGAUACCUUCAACUACUCUCCCCAAGCCCACAGGGCUGCAGCGGCUCUACUCUCUGUCCUAUCUGUGGUACAGUGCUCACAACUCCACCACAGUCAUUGUCGUGGGCCUGACUGUCAGUCUGCUCACUGGAGGAAUGCGGGGCCGGCCCCUGAGCCCUGGGACCAUUUACCCAGUGCUGCCAAGACUCCUAGCCCUCCUGCCCUUGUCCUGUCAGAAGCGGCUUCACUGGAGAAGUUACACCCAGGACCUCCCUGUGGACACCAACCUGUUUCCAGAAAAGAUGGGGAAUGGUGUGCUGAAGGACAGCAGAGACAAGGAGGCAGAAGUGCCAAACAGUUUGGCUUACCAGGGAAGCAGCCCCACCUUCAUCCUCCAGGAGACUUCCCUAUGAAGUGGACUCAGGAUUCCAACCUCUGUCCUCACUGUCCUCACGCAGCAGCCAGAGGCCACCCUGUAGUACAGGGAUAAAUCACUUGAUGUGUUCUGCAGAGACGGGCUGGAUGACCAGGGCCACACCAAAGGACUUUAUUCUUAGAGGUUCUCAUCUGCAGUAGAAGCUGCAUCUUGAGCAUGUUUCUCUUUGUUCUUUGACAAUUUGUAAAGGACCAAACUUGCAGGGGGCAGGAUUGUGGCAGAAGUAGGGACAGAAGUGAAUCCGCUUGAUGGAGCCCAUUUAGGGCCUAAUUUGGCAAGAUUAUCUCCACCACAAAACUCAAAGCUGCUUUGGUCAACUGUUAGUUCCCUUGCAGUCUCAUCUCAUUACCAAUUCUACCAGUCACGGGGGCCCCUGUGAUUACUUUCAGGUUAUCUGUGACACCUAAGCCCCUCUCAUUCUUAUCUGUCUACCUCUGUUCUUGAGAGGGAGGUUUUGGUGUCCUUGGGUCUCUGGGAAUAGAUAGGUACCUCCAUCUCCUUUGCGUAGAGUAGGUAUUGCCUCCAUUAUCCACCUUUGAGAUGGACAAAACAGGGCAAGUUAGAUCCAAAAAACUAGGGCCACGACCGGAUCCACUGUGGAGCAGCCAUCUACCUGACUUCGGAAGCAGGCCAUCCUGGUGUCAUUCUUUCACCCAUGCCCCUGUUUCCAUUUAGAGUUUCUUCCCUGUGUAUCUUUGUUCCUAGGGAAUAAAAUCUGCCACUGAACCUGGAA